GAAAAAUUCCUUAAGCUUGGGUUAGGUCGGUCGGUCACCCAGUCAAAAUAGUUACCUCACUUCGAAAUUCGCAUUUAUUUCUUCAUACUCUAUUUACAACCAUUUGUUCUUUAUUAACGAAGUAUACCUAUUCCUCUAGAUACAUUCAUUGUGUUUAUUUAUUGUCUUUGUCGUGUGACUUCUUACUAUUUGAGCACAAAUUGGAGCUCUGAUCAGUUGCAUAGGUACAUAUUCCUCUCAUACGUCACAUUCGCAUCGCAAUCACACAACGCGCGAGAAUAUACCACGGAUUCACCAUGGAGCAAGCUCCCCCUUCACUGCCUCAAUUGUUUGGCAUAAUUCCAACCGGCCUCCCACCAAUCACAAUUCCCACCUCUGCCCCCUCACCAACAUCUUUUACCUUUACUCUCCCCGCCCGCUCCUACCAACACAUCUGCGUCUUCAUCCUCCCGGGAAUCACCCUCCCGCCCUCCACCGCCGCCGCAGUCUACAUCUCUCUCCCCCCCUCCCCGACGGGCGCAUCAUCGGACCCCCCCUUCAAAUUCCUCGGGGGCAUUGGCCCCGGAAAAGAAAGCGCCAUCUUCAAAAUCAACCGCGACAUCUCCUCUCAAGCACCCAACAACGCUCCCGAAAUCGACAUGGAUGCCGAAUCCUCAGCCCCUCAGACGCAGGGCGAAGUCACCCUUGGCAUAUCUCUCGAGAGCGCCGACUCGGUAUCUGCACAAAUGGCACUCUUAUCUUCGUCUCACUCUGCUUCCGCAGGUGCAUCGUCGUCAAAUCCUGGAUCCUCAUUAGUUCUCUCCAGACCCCAACCUACAAAUACCGAUACGCUAGUCCUCGCGCAACGCAUAAUAAAAAAUGCAUUUAAUUUCCUCGCGAGUUUUAGCGGUAAUAUAAUGGAUGGGGGAAAUGGGAAGGGGGUAGAAGUAGUGCCUCUCAAAGCGUUUGAAGAGUGGUGGAAGAAGUUUGAGGCGAGGGUGAGGAAUGAUCCGGGGUUUUUGGAGAAGGAUGGGGAUUGAGUUUUCAAUUUCAAGCAGGGUGGUGAAGAGAAGGAUAAAAAAUGACAUCCCUUGAACAAAGAGUAGUAAGGAUUUGUUGGAUGGAUGGAGAUAGGAAAUCAGAUUCACCUCUCGUACUUUCAGCAUCUUUGCGCAAAAAAAUGCACAAUGGAGCCAUCGAGAGAGGCAGGACAGCAAAUGGAGAAAAAACAAAAUAAGCGAGAAUGCGACCCCCCUAGUCAUCAUAUUCGAUUAUUUCAGGGCAGGCAUGAGAUUUGCGGACAUCACUCAGAGCUAGGAUAUAAAGGUGCUAUUUGCAAGACAUACCACACGUCAGGAUUACACGGACAUAUUACAAGAUAGUAAAUAAUAAUCAUUUCAAAUAAAGACGUACUGAGUUACA